GUAGUUUAUACACAAACUUAUCACCUCUGCCAAGUUUAUAUUAAAAUAUCUUACGUUAAAGGGAAGUAUAUACCUGCGCAGGCUAAAUUCAAUGAAAACAUUUUUUGUAGACCGGGAAGAUAAAAGAUGGACGUUACGCUUUGUUGAUGAACACAAUAAUUUAGCAAUCUUACUUUUUCAGACUUCCUCUUUUCUGUUCAAACGUGAAAUGCGACUACAGGUGAUUGUCAUUUUUAUUAGUGCGAAGCUAUAUUUGUAUCAAAUUUAAUUUGUUUUCAUUUCAACACGGACAUUUGUCUUGUGAAAACAAAAUCUGAUUUAGAAAAGAAGGUCGAUGUGAGUUAAGGAAGAAGUGGAAUUUACAGAAUGAUCGAGCUUGUAGGAUUUGUAGUUCUACUUUUAGGAACUGUUUCAAGAGCGAAAAACAUAACAUGUAGCAGUGAAUGCUCCGACGAGAUGGGGACCUGUAAUCAUACAACAGGAGAAUGUUUGCAUGGCUGCAAGGAUGGGUUUGCUGGACCAGAUUGCUCUUUUGAAUGUCCUGCAAACUGCAUGUUUCCAUCCGAGAACGAGACCGGUACCUGUAAUCAUACAGCAGGAGAAUGUUUGCAUGGCUGCAAGGAUGGGUUUGUUGGAACAAACUGCUCCGUUGAAUGUCCACAGAACUGUGCCCCUUCCGACGACAGAGGAAAUGAAAUAUGUAACUCAACGUCUGAGGAUUGUGUGUAUGGAUGUAAAGAUGGAUUUUAUGGUCGCAACUGCACAAAUAAAUGUUCUGAUCAAGACAAUUAUUGCAUGCGAUGCACUGUAAAGGAUGAUAACAGUGGAAUUGUAUGCAACGAAUGCAAGAGAAACUUCUACCGAGAUAACGGUAAAUGCCUGGCAUGUAACUACUACUGUACUGUCAAGCCAAAUCAGCUUCUACCAACAUGCAGGGAACGUGACGGAUACUGUAAUUUCGGUUGUCGUCCAGGUCGCUAUGGUUUUAAAUGUGGCUUAAGAUGUAGCUCCACUUGCAAAGAUAUUUGUCAAAGGGAAACUGGAUCAUGUAUUGGAGGAUGCGAUUAUCCGGGUAACUGUGGACCAACUUGUGAAAUUAGAUGUCAAGACGGUUGUAAAUUACAACAGUGUAACCAGUCUUGUGACUGCGUGAACGGCUGUAAUCCUAAUUACUGGGGAAACAAAUGCCCGAACCUCUGUAGAGAAAAUUGCAAGGUGCCUGCAGACGAUUCUGCAAAAUGUGACAGUAUCGAUGGGACCUGUCUUCACGGAUGUAAAGACACUAAACAUUGGGGUAAUAAAUGCAUUUCUUGCUCAGAUGGUUGUCUAAAUGGAAUCUGUGAACAGAAAUCUGGGAACUGCACGGAAGGAUGCAAGAAGAAGACAGUAUAUGGAGGGCAAUGUAAUGUACCAUGCAAUGACAAUUGUCUAAACGGCACGUGUGAGAGAGCCGAUGGAUAUUGUAACGAUUGCGUAGAAGGAAAUUAUGGUAUACAAUGUGAAAAUGCCUGUCAUGUAAAUUGCAUCAAUAGCACGUGCGAUAGACUAAAUGGAUCCUGUGUUUAUGGAUGUAAAACCGGCACCUAUGGUGAAAAAUGUAACAAAGACUGUAGCGACAAGUGUUUUGAUAUGAAAUGUGAGACAGUCAACGGUAAUUGUACUGAAGGAUGUGUAUCAGGAUAUCAAGGAUUCCAUUGUCUGACCGAAGAUGAGCAGAAAAAAGAAAAUACCGCCGUUAAAUGUACGGUAGAAACGGACAAGACUGGACUAAUCGUCGGAAUAUGUUUUGGCAUACUGAGUGCAGUAUUGACUGUCUAUUCAACAUUUAUUACCAUUGCACUGAAAAGGAAGACAUUAAAUACAGGGACCCAGUCAAAGGAAGAGUCGAAUAAACAAGCGACAUACAUAAAUGUAGCAGAAGGUGGUACAAGCAGAAACGACAGUGGUUCAACUGGAAACAAAGAUAACCCUAUAGAGCUAUAUACAGAUCUAGCGCGAAGCUCUGUGGACGACAAGACAACAUAUGAUGUUAUUCAAAGGAUUUAAAAGCAGGAAAAUGAGGUUUUGAAAAGGGCUUGUUUUAAAGCAAUGGGCUUUGGGACAUUUUCACUGUUUUAUUAAAUAUGCAAAUACAUACUUUGUACUGAAUAUGACAAUUUUACAAACUUGUACAUUAUAAUUCUAGAAAUGUCAUGAAAGGAGCGCUAAAUUGAUAACGUUUUUGAUGAAAUAAGUACGUUAUGUGAUUCACAAACUCAAUACAUGAUAUAAUGUUAUGACCUCACGGACAUUGCAUGAUGUUUUAUACCCUAUGAGUAUUACUACCAUAUAUUUAGGAAUAUUGCAGCAUAUUUAAUCUGAUGGUAUAUACAUUGAUAUCUUAUAUACAAUUUUUUAAUUUUUAUCCUUCAUUUAGCAUGUUUUAUUCGCAGCCAAAUAAUGUAACACGCAACGUUCACAUUGCUUCACAACUUUUUUUAUUAUUAUACCCUUAAGAGUACACAAAAGAACUAUACUCAGCUGUAGACAAAUUCUGUUCAUUGUUUUGACAUUCUUGCAGUAUUUCAAGCAGAGUGCAUUUGAAUCAAAACAAAUCUAAAAUACAUACACUUGCAUAGAAAGCGAACUUUAUCAUUUUAAUGAUUUCAGCAGAUAUUGUGAUAUAGAUAGGCAAACUUGAAUUAGAAUGUAUAGUCUAAGUUUUCGUGACACAUUCUUUAAUGCAAUUAUAGAAUAAAAUGAUACAAAUGCUACAUAAUAUCAAGCAUAGAUUUGCUUUGUAAUAUUAUUAAGAAGCUCAGGAAGCAUUCUCUACAAAACAUAUUUGAAUACGAAAUUUUAAGGCUACCGUGACUUUUUUGCAAGUUGAUAUCUAGUGUUUGUAAACCACGGCAUCACAACAAAUUGUUUCGCCGCCUUAGUUUAGCAUUCAGAUAUAGAUUACGAAACUAGUGAUAAAAUAAUAAAUAAAAAUAAUGGUCGUGUCCUCGUGUCCUUAAUACAGUCAAUAAAUGUAGUCAGUUGUUACUAAUAUGUUUCGCCGAUAAGAAUUUUUACACUGUAAAAUAUCACUUAGUGUAUUUGAUGCACCAUGGUGGCCAGUAAACGUUUCGAUCAUUUACAUUAAGUGACUACUACAACUGUUUUAAGUUAAAAAAAUGUAAGGAAUCAUUAAUUAUUUUAAAGCAGCUUUUAGCAAUUACACAGUUUGAUAAAUAUUGUAUUUCUUCUUCCCUUCAAGGUACUGUUAAGCCCAUUGUAAAAUUUGACAACAUAUUUAAUAAUACCACAACAUCCUCAAAGUCCUUAUUUGUUUGUACAAUUGAUGGCUAAGUAAAAUAAAAUCACUCCUCCAAUCGCCCCCUCCUUUACCCUUGCAUUUGCUCCUUUUUGCAUCCCCUCCCCCUUUACUUUGAGUUAGUUUUCAUCACCCUACUUUAUUUUGGUGCCGAAAUCCUACGGUGAUACACGAGUGUUUUUUUUUCCUGCUCAUAGGGAUGCGUUUGUGUCCUUGUGAGUCUAAAGCGGUGCCCUACUGUGCUCUUGUAUCUUACUUGUCUGUUUUUUGUGUUAGUUAGUUGGGUGUGGUUAUUUGUUUAUCUUUGGUACAUGAAUGUCUGCGCAAUUGUGGUUUACGUUGUAGUGUAACUGUGAUGAAGGAACGUAGCAUUCCCUUUGUAUAUUCG